GCUUGGUGCUGAAGCCCCAGAGCCCGACGCGGCCGCAGCAGUAGCGAAGAGGACAGGAGCUUGGAGGAGCUGCGUCUGCGGCAACCUCUUCCCUGAGCUACGUGCCUUGCGGCUCCGACCGAGCUCGCAGCGCCCCAGCGUCUCUCCACUCACCCACGACCUGGCGCGUACCUGGUCUAGGCCGGGGUCCUGCUGAGCGCCAGGUGGGCUCGUGCCAGGGGCCCUAGGGGACCUCGGAGCGCUCGCGCGCCAUGGGGCCGCCGCCCGGGACUGGGGUCUCCUGUCGCGGUGGCUGCAGCUCAUCCCGAUUGCUGGCGUGGUGCUUCCUGCUGGCCCUGAGUCCGCACGCACCCGGCUCCCGGGGGGCCGAAGCAGUGUGGACCGCUUACCUCAACGUGUCCUGGCGGGUUCCGCACACCGGAGUGAAUCGCACCGUGUGGGAACUGAGCGAGGAGGGCGUGUACGGCCAGGACUCGCCGCUGGAGCCUGUGGCUGGGGUCCUAGUACCGCCCGACGGGCCUGGGGCGCUCAACGCCUGUAAUCCGCACACAAAUUUCACUGUGCCCACGGUUUGGGGAAGCACAGUGCAAGUCUCUUGGUUGGCCCUUAUCCAACGCGGCGGGGGCUGCACCUUCGCAGACAAGAUCCGUCUGGCUUACGAGAGAGGGGCGUCUGGAGCCGUCAUCUUCAACUUCCCGGGGACCCGCAAUGAGGUCAUCCCCAUGUCUCACCCGGGUGCAGGAGAUAUUGUUGCAAUCAUGAUCGGCAAUCUCAAAGGCACAAAAAUUCUACACUCUAUUCAAAGAAAUAUACAAGUAACAAUGGUCAUUGAAGUAGGGAAAAAACAUGGCCCCUGGGUCAAUCACUAUUCAAUUUUUUUUGUUUCUGUGUCCUUUUUUAUUAUUACGGCGGCAACUGUGGGCUACUUUAUCUUUUAUUCUGCUCGAAGAUUACGGAAUGCAAGAGCUCAAAGUAGGAAGCAGAGACAAUUAAAGGCAGAUGCUAAAAAAGCUAUUGGAAGGCUUCAACUCCGCACACUAAAACAAGGAGACAAGGAAAUCGGCCCUGAUGGAGAUAGUUGUGCUGUUUGUAUUGAACUGUAUAAACCAAAUGAUUUGGUGCGCAUCUUAACCUGCAACCAUAUUUUCCAUAAGGCGUGUGUUGACCCAUGGCUGUUAGAACACAGGACAUGUCCCAUGUGCAAAUGUGACAUACUCAAAGCUUUGGGAAUUGAGGUGGAUGUUGAAGAUGGAUCAGUGUCUUUACAAGUCCCUGUAUCCAAUGAAGCAUCCAAUAGUGCCUCCUCCCAUGAAGAGGAUAAUCGCAGUGAGACUGCAUCAUCUGGAUAUGCUUCGGUACAGGGGGCAGAUGAACCGCCUCUGGAGGAACAUGUGCAAUCAGCAAAUGAAAACCUACAGCUGGUAAACCAUGAAGCAAAUUCUGUGGCAGUGGAUGUUGUUCCUCAUGUCGACAACCCAACCUUUGAAGAAGAUGAAACUCCUGAACAAGAGACUGCUGUUCGAGAAAUUAAAUCAUAAGAUCUGUGUCAAUAGAAAACUUGAACAUUAGUAAUAACAGAACUGCCAAUCAGGGCCUAGUUUACUAUUAAUGAACUGGAUAAAUUUAAUAAACUAAGAAUGAUACUGAAAGUACUAAGAUGACUAAUAUUAUGCUAUAGUUAAAUGGCUUAAAAUAUUUAACCUAUUAACUUUUUCCCACAAACUCAUUAAAAUGUUUUUCAUAGGCAAGUUUCCUCUCAAUAGUGAUAGCAACAUUUUUAAACAUAUACAACUAUCUUCAAGUAGUUCUGUUUUUCGUUUAUAACAAUUUUCUUCUUAUAAAAACAUGUUGCUUUUAAAAUGUGGAAUAGCUGUAAUCACUUUAUUUUAUGAUAGUAUCUUAAUUAAAAAUAAUACUACUUUAGCUUGGGCUAUAUGUGUCAGGGUUUUCUCCAGGUGCUUCUAUUGAUCUGGAAUUGUAAUGUAAAAAGCAAUGCAAACUUAGGCUAGUAUUUCAUGAAAUGUCUAUUUAAGCUACAUUAAGUUAGUAGAACAAGAUUCAAGCAAAAUAUUCAUUUUAAUAUUUUCUUGUUUUUAAAAUUAGGCUAAAUGUACUUCAUGUGAGUGUUGAGCAUAGUUUAUCAGAGAAUAUGAACUGAAUCGAUUGAUAUAUUAGUGACACCAAUUUGACACAAGAUUAUAGACAAAAAGUUUCCUUACAAAAAUACUAUGUAAAUAUUUCUCAAUUUUGUGGGAUUUUCAAAAGCACAGUAUAUAAAUUACCAUACUAUUUGAAAAUGGCAAUGACAGAGUAAGUCACACAAAAAAUAGUAAUUGAUCUUCAUUCGUGAACUUGUCUACAGAAAAUGUUCUGUAAAAUCAGUCUGUAGAAAUUUUUUUCCAAAUAAUGUUGACUUUGAAAAUUGAGUUUACAUUUGACCUAAAUGGGCCACAAUUAAUUAGAUAAGCUAAAAUUCUGUCCACGUAGCUAUAAAUUUUAUGGAUGCAUUUUCUUGGUGUUUGAAAAAAAAUAAGGGAGAAUUCCAGGUGCCUUAAUGUAAAGUUUGAAACUUCAUCCACCAAAGUUAAAUAGAGCUAUUUAAAAAUGCACUUUAUUUGUACUCUGCGUGACUUAUCUUUUGUUUCAGUGCAAAUUCUAGCAGAAUUUAGGCAAAAACAGGACAUAUAUUUUUGUUUGCUGAAUGUAGAAUGGAUGAAACCAUUGCAUUCUUGUACACUGAUUUGAAAUGCUGUAAAUAUGUCCCGAUUUGUAUUGAUUCUCUUUAAAUAUAAAAUAUAAAUAAAAUAUUCCAAUAAAAGUUUGUGUCUGGUGUUUAGUU